AUGAAGUUUCUAUUAGAAUUAGUCACAUGUUAUGGUUCUUCGUCUGCUGACUCGGAAGUUCGGCAGCCAGCGGAGGAAUCCAGAUCGCUGGUGGCAUCGGGAGCUUGCCGCCGCGUCGGACGGAAGCGGGGGAAGGUGGUUGGUAUGAAGUCCGCCGGUGAGUGGAGUCCAUCUUUGUCGUCAAUCUCGGAAAACAAUAUAUUGGGUGAGAGGAAUAAUCAACCGCGGCCACACGUUGUAGGGUUCGAUAGAAACCUCAAGAGAAAAGUUGGAUCAAAAUAUCAGGACCCUUCAUAUUCUGAUGAUACCAGGCGAGCUUCGAUUUCAGCAACCGUGCCUGCAUUCUCUCCGACAGCUUUUCUGUUUUGA